CUGACACUCACAAACUCUGUAGUAGUUUUACAUGUGGCUUGCUAACAAGAAGAGAGAGAGAAAGGAGAGAGAGAUAGACAGGCUGAAAAACUCUCAAGGAACCUGGGGCAUUUACUCGGUUAGUUUGAGCAAGAGAAGUGCCUAGAGGAGCGCUAGUAGGAGAAAACAAAGGUCAGGAGGCAGAGGCAGAGAGGGAAAUUCUGCGCAGGCCAGUUGUGUUGGCUAUUUAGGAGAGUGAGUUAUUACUGGGAACUGGCGCACAUAUUAACUAACCUUGGAUGGGAGUAGUUUCUUAAGCCUGUUAACCAGUGGACAAGUUAAGGCUCAGAGGUGGACUUACCUAAAUUGGUGAAGUUGGAAUUGUGCACCCUGCAAUAGAGAGGGAAGUUGGUGCCAGAUUGCUGGUUGUUAGAGGAGAUAGAAGUGGAUUCAACAUAGAGCAGUGAAAGAAGGACGGAGGAUGGGAGAAUUACAGCGAGCGCUGGUGUUUUCUUUGUAUUGUCUGUUUAUUUCAACAGUGAGAUCUUAUGUACCCCCAGGACAAACCCACCCGCCCUCUAUAACAAGACAGUCAGACGACCAACUGAUCAUUUUCAAGAAAGGACUGUCAAGACAGAUCGUGUGUGUGGCAUCUGGGAAUCCAGAACCUACAUACGAGUGGACCAAAAAUGGCCGUCCAUUCAACCCCGAGGCCAAUACAGACGUGGAUCAGGAGAGGGGUCUGGGCACGCUGACGUUUUCUGAUCCUGUCAGCGAGGACCAGGGGGUGUAUCAGUGCAGGGCCAUCAACGAGUACGGAACUGCGCUGACCCAGAAGGUCACCCUUUUGGAAGCAGUGAUGGAUCCAUUUCCUGGAAAUCCCGUUGUGACCCCCAAACAAGUUCGCCCCACUGUGGGGCAAAGCCUAAAAUUGCCCUGUGACUCCCCUAGGAGUAUUCCCGCCAGCGACGUUGUGUGGAACAUCAGGAAAGACCGUGUGCCGGAGAGUAGUAGGGUUACCAUGGAUUACGAAGGAAAUCUCUACUUCGCCAAUAUUAUUCCUGAUGAUGCCCAGAAUGGUAAAUCUUACAUCUGCGCAGUGACCAAUAACUUCAUCAGGACGACGGUUCAGGGCGGAGACUCUCAGAUAGAACCGCAGGGUACAAUUGCGCAAGCUCGUCGAAAUUCCCCUGUCUUGCUCUAUUCCUCGCCUACCACUAUUAUCAAGAUGAGGGGAGAGACGCUGAGGAUGAAGUGCAUUUUUGGUGGAUAUCCCACCCCAACAAUAACAUGGCGGAGAAUGAGAGGCAGCCCCAGAUACCAGCAGUCCCAGCACGGCCACGAGAUCGUCAUCGAGGACAUCCAAGAGGCGGACGAGGGGACGUACCUCUGUGAGGGAAAUAAUGGGGUCAAUCCCAGUGCUUACAGGGAGUUUCAAGUCACUGUGGAAGGAAAGCCAUACUGGAUAGAGAAACCUACGGAUACAAACAUUGAAGAGCAAGAGACCAAGAUAUUUAGGUGUGAGGCUGGCGGUAAACCCAUCCCUAACGUCAUGUGGUUCAUCAACGGAGAGAAACUAGAAGAUAUCCCAGCCAGCUCUAGGAGGAGCCUGAUCAAUGGCGGCAUGGCGCUCCAGUUCAAGUCCCUGCAGACAGCAGACACCUGUGUGGUACAGUGCAAUGUAACCAAUGAACACGGGUAUAUCUUUGCCAGUGCUUACUUGAAUGUGCUAGCUGAGGCACCCAUUUUCCUUACGGAGCCCCCCAAGUACAUCAAGAAAGUGGUUGACCAGAAAGUUAACCUGACGUGUCGUGUGUUUGGUGCUCCUAUCCCACAAAUAACGUGGGAGAAAGAAGGUCAGCUUCUAAGUGGCGGCAGGCACACCGUCACUGCUGAUGGAGAUUUGGUCAUUGAGGACCUGAGGCUUGAUGAUAGUGGUCACUACUUGUGUAAGGCAAGGAACACAUACGGCAACAUCCAGGCAUCUGGGGAGCUGGUAGUCCGAGAAAAAACCGUAAUUGACAACCCACCUACAGAUCAAGUUGUAGCAAUAGGUGAAGAGGCUGUCUUGUCUUGUGGAGCUACUACUGAUGCUGCAGAAGAGCACAAGCUGCGUAUUUAUUGGUUAAAAGAUGACCAACCAAUCAACCUAAACAUAGACCGCCGCCUCACCCUAAGUAAUGAUUGGUCACUGGUAAUUAACCCUGCAUCCAGGAAUGACAAUGCUCGGUAUACCUGUGUGGCAGGUAAUGGCUUGGAUGAGGACAAGAGAGAAGCUACUUUGACAGUGGAAGCACCCCCAGAACCCCCCACCAACGUUAUUCUGAACAGCUGCAGCACCAGGUCUGCCUCGAUAUCGUGGACCCCGGGGCCGCCCAAUAACGCCCCCAUCCAGCAAUACUUCAUAGAGUACAACAACUCCAGGAAUCCUGACCAAUGGCUAGAGAUCAAGACCGUCAACGUGCCUUACACCAGUGCCGUGGUGGAGUUGUUCCCUUACAUGACCUUCAACUUUAGGGUCAAGGCCGCGAACAGAAUCGGGACAAGUCAGCCCAGUAGCCAUACUUCGACCUUGUGCCGCACCCCUGCGGAUGUGCCAGCAAGGCAGCCUGGUAACCCCGAAAUUCAGGACUACGAUUCCGACUCCCUGUAUCUUGUUUGGGACGCAUUGGAUGAAACAGAACUGAACGGUCCAGGCUUUCAUUACCUUAUAACCUAUCGCCGACUUGAUCAACCUAAUGCCCCUGAAAUGACGAAAAAGAUCGACGAUUUUACCAAAAAGGAGGCUCUUAUAGAGUCAGAGACAUACGUGCCAUAUGAAAUCACAAUAGAAGCUGUGAAUGAAAUGGGAACUGCCAGGAAGCCAGCGGAGAAAAUUAUUGGAUUCUCUGGAGAGGGAGUACCAAAUGCGAUCCCCCAAAACUUCCGACUGGAUCACAAGUACCCCCCUACGGACUCCACGGCCAACUUCCUGUGGGACGCCAUUGAUGCAACACACGAAGCGGUGCAAGGAUUCUUUGUUGGUUACGAGAUGAAAUGGUGGCCAGAAGACGACCCCAAAGACACCUCUGUCGUUGUCGUCCCCAUCAACAACCCAAACAACGAGCUUCGCGAUCUGAAGAACAGGCGCAUUGGGCGACAAGUUUUACAGUACGUAUCGGGAACUUUGGAGCAGCUUCCGCCCUUCACGUCAGUCGUGGCACAGGUGGCUGUUAGAAAUAAGAAGUACACAGGAGAACCCAGUAAUUCCGUCAUAUUCAGGACUGAUGAAGGAGCGCCAUCUGCUGUUCAAGACUUCAAAGUAUUCAGGAAAGGUCCUGUCCACCUAGAGCUGAGCUGGGAGCUGCCAGCCUUUCCUAAUGGAAACAUCUUAGGAUAUGACAUUGCAUACAGAAAUAUAAACAAUACGCGUAGCCGCGGUGAUGACGUACUGGACACCACUAAGACCUUGUCCAUAGAUGACCCUAGUCAGAUGAAGGUCAAACUGCUUGACCUUGACCCAGUUACCAACUACAGGGUACUGCUGUAUGCCAGGACAGGCGCUGGGCGAGGAGAAGAGGCUGUUCUGGAGGAGAUGACAUUGGCGAUGGGAUUCCCAGAGCGGCCGGACCUGGUCACUGUGUCUGGACCCACCUCCAUGACGGUCACAUGGGUACCCGCUGACGAGAACCCUGGAUAUGGUUUCUAUGUGGAGUAUAAGAAACCAGAUGAGACGACUUGGUCAAAGACCCCUAUUGAGACAGAGAAGGACUAUAUCGUCUUGACCCGCCUUGACCCUGCCACAGAAUACGAGGUGCGUGUUGUUGCUGUGAAUGGGGAGGGUUACGAGACACCAAGUAUCAUGAAGGCACCAAGAACUGCAGGAACAGGUACCUAUUAG